AUGGACGAGAUUAUCACGCGUUGGGCUACUGAUCUUUCGAAAUACCAGAAGAGCUUCCAAACCCAAGCGAGACAGGUGGCGAGCUGGGACCGUAUGCUGGUUGAGAACAGUGACAAGAUUUCAAAGCUCUACAGCAAGACGUUCCAGGCGCGCAAGGACACCGAGGAAGUCGAGCGCCAACUCACUGCGGUCGAGUCUGAUCAAGCCGAGCUGUCGAGAUGGCUGGAUAGCUACGAAAAAGAAGUUGAUGAAUUGAUGGACAAGAUGGUUGGUGGCACAGAGGGCCUUCAGGGCCCAGACCAGGAGAGGGAGAGGACAUACAAGCUUGCGGAGAAACUCUCCGACCGCCUGAACGAUCUGAACAAAGACCUUUCUGAGAUGAUCGAAGAGAUCAACAGCGUCUCGGCUACUCUCAGUAAGACGGACAAGCCCGACGACCCGCUGUCCCAAGUGGUCCGUGUCCUCAACAACCACCUUUCGCAGCUGCAGGCCAUUGACACGGGGGCCGCGGAGCUACACGCCAAGGUUGCGGCGGCGCAGAAGGAAACGCAAAACUACCGUACCAAUGGCCACGCCGGCCUCGGUGGUGACGCGGCAGAGGACUUUUACCGCUCGCUCAUGAGCCGUCGCUGA